AGCAUAUGUAAAGCAGUAGGGUUUUCGAUGGUGGAGUUGAACUUGGAGGACGACAGGGACGACCACGGCCGCAACUUAGGAAAAACAGAAAGUUUCCUCAUGUCUCAAAUGGAUUCGGGUGGAAUUGUAAGAUCGUUAAGAGAUAUCCCACCAGCUCACUAUUGCAUCAAAAUAAACUCUUUCUCAUUUUUUGUCAACAAGAAGAUUGAUAACUAUGAAUCUGCUGUAUUCGAAGUUGGUGGCUACAAAUGGAAAUUGUCUCUCUACCCAAAUGGGAAUAAGAAAAGGAAUGUGACUGAUCACAUCUCUCUGUAUCUGGGGAUAGCAGAUACGGAAGCUCUUCCACCAGGCUGGGAGGUUAAUGUCAGCUUCAAAUUGUUUGUGUUUGAUCAUAUUCUAGAUAGAUACAUGACCAUUCAAGAUGGGGAAAUUCAGCGCUUUCAUUGGAUGAAAACUCAGUCGGGUUUUGAUAAAUUUCUUCCUCUAGCUACUUUCAAUGAUGCAACCAAUGGAUACCUCCUGGACGACUGUUGUUUGUUUGGAACUGAGGUCUUUGUUCUGAAAAAUAGUGGCAAGGGGGAGUGCAUGUCAUUGUUAAAGGAUCCUGCGAAAGACAGUUAUACUUGGAAAAUUGAAAAUUUUUCAUCAAUAAGGAAUGAAUAUCUUUACUCUCCCGAAUUCAUUAUUGGAGACCAAAAGUGGAAAUUGUUGUUGUAUCCCUACGGAAACAAAACUUCUAAAGGCAAAUCCAUGUCACUUUUUCUGGAGCUAUCUGAUAAUAAACAACGCAAGGUGUAUGCUGAAUUUACGUUGCGGAUGAAGAACCAGGUCUAUGGUAUUAAUUGGUCUGAGCAUGAAGCCAAUCAUUGGUUUUGUACCUCGAGCCCAAAUUGGGGUUUUAAUGACUUCACAGCCUUGAGUGAUUUGAAUAACGCGUCAAAGGGCUUCUUGAUGAAUGAUGCUGUAGUUAUUGAGGCACAAAUCACCGGUGGCCGCUCCAGAAUAUUUUAUUAGGGUGUUCAGAAAGUUUCUUUCUAUGAACCCAACAAUAUAACAAUGACUUUUUUUUCAGUUUAUGAAAAAAAAUUAAAUUUCAAUGUUCUUGUUUCGCAUGGAGAAUAAGUUUUUUUUAGUAGAUAGAGUAAGAUUUUACAAUUAACUUAGAUAAAUUGUUCUAUUUGAGUUUAUGUUAUAUCAGUGCAUUAUUCUACUAA